UGCAUAGCUACUCGUGGCCACCGCGGGUCGGAAACGAGCGGCACGAGCAAGUGGGUGGUGGUGGAGUCGCAGCGAGAGAGAGAGACCAGUCUCGGGCAACUUCGCCGCGUCUGGCGUUCAAUGACUUCCUUCAUGCUCUCACUCUCGCUCUUACUCUCCUGCUAGUGGCGAGCUCGUGGUCGCGACGCUUGCUUUCUGCACAUUUAGCUCGGUCGGGGCACGUAGCUCGCAGCGGAGAAGCUAGAGAGGUUUGGAUCGUUCCUGGUGGAAAAGUUUCCGUUGCGUUGUAUCGGCAAGAGUGUGGGUGAGGAUUGUGGGGCGAGAGAAGAAAGUGUUGUUGGGGUGGGAGGGGGAGUCGCUGGUGGGAUUGAGAGCGAGGUUACAUCGUCAUGGGGGACGCGAGACUUAUCUAUAGUUUUGUGGCGAGGGGGACCACUGUUCUGGCGGAGCAUGCGAUCUACGCCGGGAACUUCAGCCAGAUUGCGGUGCAGUGCCUUCUGAAGUUGCCGGCCGGGACUAGCAAGCAGACGUACGUGAUGGAUCGUCACACGUUCAACUUUUUCGUUGAGAACGGGUUCACGUUUCUGGUCGUGGCCGAGGAGGCGCUCGGCCGCUUGAUUCCGUUCGCGUUCUUGGAGCGCGUUAAGGAUGACUUUAAGCAUCAUUACCAAGGAGGGAGGGCCGACCUCGCUGUGUCGCACAGCCUCGACGCUGAGUUCGGGCCCAAGCUGAAGGAGCACAUGGAUUUUUGCAUGGAGAAUCCGGAGGAGAUUAAGAAGAUCUCGCGAAUCAAGUCUCAGGUUGCGGAGGUGAAAGGGAUUAUGAUGGAGAAUAUUGACAAGGUGCUGGACCGCAGCGACAAGAUAGACCUUCUGGUGGACAGGACGACCCACCUUCAAUCAAGCGCUGCCGAAUACCAACGUGCAGGGGUCAGGAUUCGGCGUAGAUUGUGGUGGCAACACUUUAGGCUCAAGUUACUUGUCCUGCUCCUGAUUGUCGUUGUGGCCUUCAUCAUAUACCUCUCAAUCUGCCGAGGUUUCAUAUGCCACAAUCCAGCAGUUCCCGGCACUCCGCCUGCGCCCGGCACUCCACCUGGUCCAUUGUAAACUUUUAGUUAGGGGUAGUACUCUACCGAACUGGUUCUUUCACUCAACAUUUUACGAAGUGUUACUUGCUCUGCUAGAAGCUUAUGAUACCGAUCUUAACCUUGCAAGGAUGUGUGAAACUGUAGAACUCUCUAAGAGUUUGCAGCUUAGUUUGGUAUUCGAUCACCCCAAUUCAUAGCCUCUUCUACAAUCAGACGCCCAUGGUAGCUAAUAGAAAAUUCCCCUCAGCUUCUCGCGAAAAAAACCAAUCCUCGGAAUAACUAGGACCGAUCAAGAUCAGCUGAUUAGGGGCAGAACGAUACAAUCCGGUGUCGGCAGUUGUCAGUUCUCUUCAGCGACGUGGUCAGAAGUUGGUUGCAGCAGCAGCAGCCCUCGACAUUGAAUCCUUGGAGAAACAAAUUGAGCGAAACAGUUUUAGGGUUAAAACAGAUGCUCCGGCGGUGUAGAGUAGGGCUGGCGUUGAAUCUGUCGAUGCAUCGAGCGAUUCGAAUCUUUGAAACAGUUCAACUGCAAUUCACACUUCCGAUGUUCUCGGCCGGAGGAUUCUAGAUGCUGGCAUCGACGCCAAAUGGACUGGAUCUGGAUCUGGACCUUUUAAUGAAUACAUGUCUGUUUUAUCUGCACAAAGUGGGUAUUUUCUUCCA